UGCUGCGCGCGGUUACAAGUUGACUACUCAAAUACAGUCAGACAGAUAGGUUCUGAAUCUCAAACCACUAGAUAGGCUUUGAAUCUCAAAUUUGCUAACACUUUCCUGGUUAAAUAGAACGAUGGCUACGUGUGUAUUUGAUCGAAGACAUUUUUAAAUGGAUUACAACGUAUUUUGAGCAGUCGUGGUUUAGCGCGCGUUCCGUGGGCAUACCACUUUGGUAAAGCGCGCACCCCUCUGAAUUCAACGAUGAAGAUGUGACACCUUGGAUAGUUAACGGAUUUGCGUCAUGUUGGGGAAAAUGCCCCAUUAAAGUUUGGCGUCGUUGAGAACUCAAACUUUACAGUUGGUAUAUUUAAGAUUUUGCCAAAUGAGCUUGGAAUGAAUAAAGAAUGUAUAUCGUUUGGAAAAUAUUUCAGAUUAUUCAAGCAUAUUUCAUCUGUUUAUCAGCACAGCCAAUUUCACCAAAGAUUCAUGAUGGUUGGUGGGCGUACAAAGAUGCUGUCCAAGGAAGCUUUGUUCCAGUACCGUCUUUCUGGGGGCUGGUGAAUUCUGCCUGGAACCUCUGUGCCAUGGGAAAGAGGCAGUCUCCGGUCAACAUCGAAACCGGUCGCAUGAUAUUUGACCCCUUCCUCACCCCACUGCGGCUCAGCACGGGCGGACGCACCAAGAUGGGAGGCACCAUGUACAACACGGGGCGCCAUGUGUCGCUCCGACCGGACAGGGCUCAUCUGGUGAACAUCUCUGGUGGGCCGCUGGGUUACAGUCACCGGCUGGAGGAGAUCCGCCUGCACUUCGGCAGCGAGGACGGCCAGGGCUCAGAGCACCUGCUCAAUGGACAGGCCUUCCCCGCAGAGGUUCAACUCAUUCACUACAACCAGGAACUUUAUGCCAACUACAGUGAGGCAGCCAAGAGUCCCAAUGGCAUAGCCGUCGUGUCCAUAUUCAUAAAGAUUUCCGAGUCUCCAAAUGUAUUCCUGAAUCGCAUGCUGAAUAGAGACACCAUCACCAGAAUAACAUACAAGCAUGAUGCAUUCUUACUCAUGGGGCUCAACAUAGCAGACCUAUAUCCGGAUACUACACGUUUUAUAACAUACGAAGGCUCCAUUACCAUCCCUCCCUGCUACGAGACGGCUACCUGGAUCCUCAUGAACAAGCCUGUGUAUGUCACACAGAUGCAGAUGCAUUCUCUGCGACUGCUCAGUCAGAAUGAACCGUAUAAGCUAUUUCUCAGUAUGAGUGACAACACGCGCCCAGCCCAGCCACUGAUACAGCGCUGCAUUCGCACCAACAUCAAGUUCAGCAAGCAGGGCCGGGACUGCCCCAACAACCGCGCCCUAAGGCCCCAGUAUCGAGUAAACCAGUGGCUUCUGAAGUAGGAAGAUGAACAUAAUGUACAAAGCAACAACGAUAAAGGAAAAAUAUAGUACCCUGAUACAACAGUAUAAAAACUCCUUAUGGGAUUCUGAUUCUCAAGAUUUUAUUUCAGUGUGGCAAGACUACAUUUUCAACAGAGACUGCUUUGAAACUUUUGUAUACAUUUUAGAUUAUAAAGGAAAUAUUGAAAAGUGAGACUUUCAAUGCUGCAAAUGGAAUCUCUUACCAAUCUUAUGGAAAUAGACUGAAGGGAAUUCAGCAGGCCCAGCCAUUAACAGCCUUCUGCAGCAGAGACAAUGAGCACCUCUUUUAUGGUAGUUAUCAGAUUCACUUGAGUCCCCAAAGAUUCCAUUGGACCAACACUUGUUGAAAUGACCAAAAUGUAAAUCACAGAUACAACCAUAAGGUGUUUUGAUACCAACAGCAUUCCAUCAGAUCUAUUAUGCUGAGAAUCUGAAUAUGAUUGGAGGGUGCUCUUAUGGUGAUGAAAGCUUCUACUUAACCAUGUACAUAACCAUGUCAGAGCCAAAAUGUUUACUAAAUAUAUUGUAUGUCACAGAGGUAGACAGAUCAUGUGAGACAUCCGGGAAAAACUCUGGCGUCCGGUAAAUAAUGGGACCCAGGGAUCUUCUAGGCCAGGCCAUGGAGUCUGGAAAUACUCUUGGCCGUUUACUUGGAAAAUCAAGUUAUACUGCAUUACAAAACUUUUCUAGACCUUUUGGGCCAUUUGCCUUUUCUCUUAAUUGUUUACAAUGUUCAUACACUGUUUAAUUCAAUGUUAGUAGCCCAAUAAACAUAUUUCAGAAGAGUUUCUUACAUUAAAUAACACUUUACAUGAGGCCUAGUACAGUAUAUGCUGUUUAAGAAUUGUAAUAUUGUCCAACACUAAACAGAGCAUGGGACGUGAUUUGUCUGCAGAUGUUAUGCAGUCACAAGGCAUUCCUUAUCAAUUAUUUAUUCUCAUUUUCAAUUCAGAGCUGUGUAUGGCGUUACAGGCAAUGUGGAUUUGUGUAGGUGUGUGCGUGUGUUUGUGCUUGUGCGUGUGCGUGUGUGUGUGUGUGAGUGAGCAUGCGUGCUUGUGCUCUCUCCAGGGCAUUGUACUUCUCAUUAAAGAGGUAAA